GCAGGCAGACUGUGUGCCAACACUUUUAGACAACUUCAGCACUCCUCUACAAACAACUAGUAAACAUGGAGAACAUAUAUGAGACAAUAGACGAAAGAAGUGGGCAUGAAGAGCGCCGUGAUGGAGCCGAGAGCCCCGACCCAGAGCCCUCCAGCCGGGUGAAGGAGCAGCUGUACAGCGAAGUGCAGGUCCAUGUCCGCGCUGAGGAAGAGAACAGCUCCCCGGUGUACAUGGACAUCAGAGACGGGGACAAACAGAGCAGGUCGUCCUCUUCAUCCAGCGACAACGAUGAGGCCAAAGCAGAGGGAGUGGCGGAGGUGAGUGUGGAGGAAAUGAACGGCGUUGCGCACGAUGGCUCCAGGCGCUCUUCGGCCUCCUCAGCAUCCUCAGCUUCCCCCGGGGACCCGUGCGACGACCCGCCGAUCCAGCCGAGGAUCCAGGAAGAGGAGACGUCAGGGAAUGGGAUGCUGAUGGCGUACACACACACCAACAGUGACAGCACCCCGGAGGAGUCUGUAGACCACAGCCUGAAGACUCUGGAGAAUGUCACUGAGGAUGAGAGCAGCGCAGCGCCGGCUGACCCCGGCCAGCCUGACAUCUCUCUCUUCGUCAAGGCAGGCAACGAUGGAGAAAGCAUCGGCAACUGUCCCUUCUCUCAGCGCCUCUUCAUGGUCCUCUGGCUCAAAGGAGUCGUGUUUAACGUCACCACCGUCGACCUCAAAAGAAAGCCAGCGGAUCUGCACAACCUGGCUCCGGGGACACACCCUCCUUUCUUGACUUUCAACGGAGAAGUCAAGACCGAUAUCAACAAGAUCGAGGAGUUCCUGGAGGAAACGCUCUGUCCUCCAAAGUAUCCCAAACUGGCCGCCACGCAGAGAGACUCGAAUACAGCUGGAAAUGACAUCUUCGCCAAGUUCUCAGCCUACAUCAAGAACACCAAACCAGAGGCCAACGCCGUUCUAGAGAAAGGUUUGACCAAGGCCCUGAAGAAGCUGGAUGACUACCUGAACAGUGCCUUGCCAGAGGAGAUUGAUGCCGACAGCAUGGAGGAGGAGAAGGGCUCCAACCGGUGCUUCCUUGAUGGAAACGAGCUCACUCUCGCAGACUGCAACCUGCUGCCCAAACUGCACAUAGUCAAGGUCGUUGCUAAGAAGUACCGCAACUACGACAUCCCCUCAGACAUGUCGGGGGUGUGGCGCUAUCUGAAGAACGCCUACACACGGGAUGAAUUCACCAACACCUGUGCUGCUGACUCCGAGAUCGAGACCGCCUACAAAGACGUGGCGAGGAGAUUGGCCAAGUAACUCGCCAACCAACCCAAAC